AUACAUACACACAGUAAUUACAUAUUUAUAAAACAAAGACAUAAAAGACCCAACAAGAAAACAAAUCCUAACUAUCUUUCUUUAUUCUCCCCAUUUACAAAUAUAUAUAAUUUGCCUUGUGAUUUGGGGUAUUGUACGGCGAUCCUAUUUGCCGAUUGUCAAUUGAUCUCCGGUGAGCUCAGGUAAGGAUAAUUAUACAAACUUUACCCUUUUACGUUUAAGAAAGUGUAUCUAUAUAUUUUCUUGAAUUAAGGGUUAUUGUUAAAAUUUGAAUUCUGGGGUUAGAUCUGUGAGUUAAGGAGCUGAGAGUUUAUGAAAUCUUGAAUUGUUAGAAUUGAUGUUGAGUUUAUGAGGAAUUGCAUGCAAGUUUGAUUGUAAUUUGAAUGUUUUAGUAGUAUGUUUGGUGGAAAUUAUGGAUUGUAAUUGCAUUUUAUGUUGAAGUUGUGAUAGUGGAUUUAUGGUGAAAUUUGGAAAUUCUUGGAGUUUGUGAGUUUUUGUGGGUGGGUUUAGGGAAAUAUGGAGGAGGGUAUGGGAUCUGCUGAUAGGGGGAGUGAUGUGAUAAAGAAGAAAAGCUCGUCGGGUUGUUUGAUUAUUAAGAAGAAAGUGAAUGGAGUGUCGGGGUUUGGUGGUUCGAGUUCCAAGAAGUCUCUUGAGUCGAGGAGUGAGAAGAAGAGGUCUAGGUUGGUUCUUACUGAUUCGGGGUCGAGUGAUGAAGUAGAGCCGGUGAGAAGGAGAGUGAGGGAAGAUAUUAUUUAUGAAAGACGGAGAAGUGGGAUUGAAGAUUGUAGGAUGCUUGGAUUUGAGAGAAAGAGAGGUGGGAUUGAUGUGUUUGAGUUUGACGAGUACGAUGGUUUUGAUGGUAAGAGGAUGAGGAUGGAUUAUAUGGAUGAUAGGUUGAAGUUAGUUGGACGUAAUGAGGAUUACCAAGGUUUCGAGAUUGGGUCUAGUAGAAAUGUUGGUUUUGAUGGGAGAAAAGGUAGCAUAUCAGGUGGAAAGAGUAAAGGACAUAAUCACAGUGGUAAGAGUAGGUAUGAGGAAGAGGAUGAUGAUGAUGAAUCGCAUGUACCUAUUUCUAUUUUUAGAGAGAAGCGCCAUGAAGCACUCAAUGAGUCUAUAAGGGUUCAAGGGAAAAACGGUGUAUUGAAGGUGAUGGUAAAUAAAAAGAAGCAGCAGGGUUUUCCUCUUAAAGGUUCUGAUAACCCAAGAGCUGAAGAGAGAAUGAGUUCUAGGUCAGAAGCUGCUGUCAAGAAGAAUAAAGAGAUAAGACCUUCAUCUUUCUCGGGUUCAAAACGACCAGAAAACCUAGAUUCACUUAAGACUGAAAAAACUUAUCUGAACUCUAGAAAACCAUUGCCAACUUUGAGCAGCAAGGUUGAAGAUAAGGAUGAAGAUUCGGACUCAGGUGGCAGUGAAAAGUCCCUAAAACAGGAAACGCGUGAGCAAGUUCAGAAGUUCAAGAAAGCAAUUGAGAGUGAACGUAAAAGAACCACCACGCCAACUAAAUUUACAAAUCCGCCCAGUGGAGGCAAGGAAAGCAAAGGCAAGCGUGGCUACGGCACUGAGAAGCAGUUAUUGCGGGAGAAGAUAAGGAGUAUGCUUCUUGAUCGCGGCUGGAAGAUUGAUUAUAGACCUAGACGAAACAGAGAUUACCUCGAUGCAGUUUAUAUUAAUCCUGCUGGAACUGCUUAUUGGUCUAUAAUUAAGGCCUAUGAUGCACUUCAGAAGCAACUGGAAGAAGAGGAAGAUAAUGUUAAACCUUUUGAUGAAUCUCCUUCAUUUACUCCUUUACCAGAAGAGAUAAUAAGUAAAUUGACAAGGCAAACUCGCAAGAAGAUUGAACGGGAAUUAAAAAAGAAGAAAAGAGAUGCUGUUUGCAGUAGAAAUGCCAAGGAGGUUACCAUGAGAGAGUCUACCAACUGUACAGACAGUGGAGGCAGAUUGCAUGAAGCAGAUAGUGUGAGUGGGAAUGAGUCAAGUGGUAAUUUAUACCAGGUUAAGGCAAAGAAAGACACAGCUGAAAGACAAUCUGCCUCUAACUCUCAUAUUAUACAAGGAAGAAAAAGUAGAAAAAUAGGCAGGUGUACGUUGUUGGUUCGUAAUUCUGACAAGGGACUUUCAGAAGCUGAUGGCUAUGUUCCAUAUACUGGAAAGCGAACCAUCUUGUCUUGGUUAGUUGACUCUGGAAUUGUUCAAACGAGUGAGAAGGUGCAAUAUAUGAAUGGUAAGAAGACAAGAGUGAUGCUAGAAGGCUGGAUCACGAAAGAUGGGAUACAUUGUGGUUGCUGUAGCAAAAUUCUUACCAUCUCAAAGUUUGAGAUUCAUGCAGGAAGCAAACAGCGUCAGCCUUUUCUAAAUAUAUAUCUGGAAUCUGGAAUGUCUCUAUUGCAAUGCCAAAUAGAUGCAUGGAACAAACAAGAAGAAUCAAAACGAGAGGCUUUUCACAGUGUAGAUGUUAAUGGUGAUGAUCCAAAUGAUGAUACCUGCGGGCUAUGUGGUGAUGGUGGGGAUCUCAUCUGUUGUGAUGGUUGUCCAUCAACUUUUCAUCAGACCUGCUUGGAUAUUAAGAUGCUCCCAACAGGCGAUUGGCAUUGUCCAAAUUGUACUUGUAAAUUUUGUGGGCUCGCUGGUCGGAGUAAUGCUAAGGCAGAUGAUAGAACAGACAGCUCGCUUCUUCUGUGUAGCCUUUGUGAGAAAAAAUACCAUCAAUCAUGCCGACAGGAUGAGUUUAAUAUAGCUGUUAAUUCAGGAGAUGCAGCCAACUCGUUUUGUGGGAAAAAUUGCCAAGAGAUCUUUUCACAUUUACAGAAGCUUCUUGGGGUCAAACAUGAGUUAGAAUCGGGAUUUUCAUGGUCUCUAGUUCAUCGGAUGGAUCCGGCCUCAGAAAGAUUGCACCUUGGAUUUUCUCAACGGGUAGAAUGCAAUUCCAAGCUUGCAGUUGCACUCUCUGUUAUGGAUGAGUGUUUUUUGCCCAUUGUUGACCGGAGAAGUGGGAUCAAUUUAAUUCAUAAUGUGCUUUACAACCGAGGGUCAAACUUUGGUCGUUUGAACUUUAAUUCCUUUUAUACAGCUAUUUUGGAGAAGGGCGAUGAAAUAAUCAGUGCUGCAUCUAUCAGGAUCCAUGGUUUGCAACUAGCCGAAAUGCCAUUUAUUGGAACUCGGCAUAUCUAUAGACGUCAAGGAAUGUGUCGCCGACUUUUAUCAGCUAUCGAAUUGGCCCUCAGCACUCUUAAAGUUGAGAAAUUGAUUAUUCCUGCUAUUGCUGAACACAUGAAUACAUGGACUGAAAAAUUUAAUUUCAGUCCACUUAAGAAAUCUCACAAUCAGGAAAUGAGGUCAAUGAAUAUGUUGGUGUUUCCUCGUACAGAUAUGUUACAGAAGUCACUGAUAAAGCGAGAUAUCGCAGAGGGAAGCAUAAUUAACAAUUCAGGUUUAGGCAUGGAGUCCGCUAAAGAAAAUGAAGAUAGUCUUACGUUGUCCGUGUUGGGUGUAUCUGAAACCAAUUCUUCUCUGAAGCAUGAUAUCAAUACAGACCACAGCACUGACUUGCUGCCAUUGAGUGAGCGCAGUAGCAAAGCCAGCACAUUGCUAUCAUCUUCAAAAAUCCCAAUCGUCCCUUUAAAUGAUGUUACUGCAAAAAGUGGUGCUUUAGUUUCCUUCUGUGAAGUUAAGGAUGAACCUGCUGAGGAGAUGACUCCUACCAUUAAUUCAGUAUCAGUUGACAGUUUAGCUGAUACCACCACUGUCAACUUUAAGUCUACACAUCCCUCUAAUGAACAUCCCAGUUCUUUUUUGGCUCAAAAAGCUGAACUGGGUCAAUCUGUAAAGGACCAUACUCAAUCUUUUGUGGAUGGGAUCAUUAUUCAUAAAGAGGAAGCCAAAGAAACUUCAGGUGAAUUAAUUGGUGUUUCUUUAUGUGAAAUUUCAAAAGGCAAAACUGAAGAGGAUCAUGUGAUUGUAUUCCAAAAUUCUGUAUCUGUUCAUGAUUCUGUUUCUCGUGGCACAAAUGAAAGUACACUCGUUGAAUCUAAUAUGAGUACUCACACCGCAGUUGACUUGGACAAUUCUUGUGAAGUCCAUAUGGAUAAGACUUCUGCUAACCUUCCCAAAGAUUCUGUUGAGCAAUUAUGUUCACAGGAUAAUGUUGAGGACAACGCUUUACCGGAGAAUUCUCUCAUAAAUAUUGAAGAGGAUCCGACAGCUAUCCAGAAUUCCGUACAUGCACGUGAUUGUGAAGGUAGACUUAUUAAUUCUAAUACGAGUAAUCACACUGCAGUUGACUUGACCGAUACUUGUGAAGUCCACGUAAUUAAUACUUCUCCCAGAGAUGCUGCCAAGCAUGCCGGAAAGGAUAUAGUUGGUAAUGAAACAUUACGUGAAACUUUUGAUAGUAAUAUCGAAGAGGAUGCAACUGCUAUCCAGAAGAACUCUGUAUCUGUAUAUGAUUCUGUUUCUCUUGGUGCAUGUGGAAAUACAGACACUGAUUUUGACAUGACUAAUCAGACUGCAUAUGACUUGGACGACAGUUGUGAAGUUGAUGCAAAUGAUACUUCGUUUAAUGCCCUCAUGGAUUCUGGGGAGCAAUUACCUUCAACGGACUUUGUUAAGGAUGGCACUUUACCUGAAACUUUUGGCGCCAGUAUCGAAGAGGAUGCAACUCCUAUCCAGAAUUCUUUUUCUGUACAUGAUUCUGCUUCUCUUGGCGGAUGUGAAAGCACACAUAUCGAUUCUGAGAAGACUAAUCUGACUGCAGUUGACUUGAAUCACAAUUGUGAAGUUCAUCUGAAUGAGACUUUUGUUAAUUCCCCUAAGGAUUCUGCUGAGCAAUUAUCUUCAAAAGAUAUUGUUGAGGAAGACACUUCAUGUGAAACAUUUAGUGGCAUUAUCAAAGAGGAUGCUACUGCUCCCCAGAAUUCUGUGUCUGUAAACGUUUUUGUUUCUCUUGGCCCAUGUGAGGGUAUGCCUGUCGAUUUGGACAAGAUUAAUCCUACUGCAGUUGACUUGGACAAUAGUUGUGAAGUUAAAGCGAAUGACUCUUGUGUGAAUUCCCAGAAGGAUUCUGCUGAGCAGUUAUCUUUAAAGGAUUUAGUUCAGAAUGACACUUCAAGUGAAGCUUUUAGCGCCACUAUUAAAGAGGAUGCAACUGCCUAUAAGAAUUCUUUGUCUGUACAUAAUUCUGUUUCACUUGGUGCACGAGAAAGUACACAAAUUGACUCUGAUAUUACUAAUAUCACUGCAGUGGACUUGGACAAUAGUUAUGUUGCCAAUGUGAAUGACACUUCUGUUAAUUGCCCCAAGGAUGCUGUGGAACAAUUAUCUGCGAAGGAGAAUGUUGAGGAUGACAGUUUAUGUGAAACUUCUGCCGGCAAUCUUGAAAAGGAUCCAGCUGUACAGAAUUAUGUAUCUGUACAAAUUCCUGUUUCUCAUGACACAUGUGGAAGUACACCUGUUGAUUUUGACAUGAGUAAACACCCUGCAGAGUACUUGGACAACACUUGUGAAGUCGACUUGAAUGACACUUGUGUCAAUUCUCCCAAAGAUUGUGUUGAGCAAUCAGCUAUAGAGAAUACUGUCAAGGAAGAUGUUACUGCACCCAGAAUUAUCACCCAUAAAAAUGGAGGCAAUGUGGUGGACGAUAUUCAUGAAGUAGAACAGGAAGCUGCUUAUGCUGAACCUUUAAUGGAUCCUUUCCACAGAAAAUUUCAAAUGAAAAAUACCGCUCAAGCAAUCAGUGAAGACCCAUCGGAAUUGAGUUCUGCGACUGAUGUGGUUGGUGAUGAGAAGAAGGGGGAUUUGAAAAACUAUAUUAUGGGAGAUGCCCAAGAAGGAGAUGUGAAGAUUUCUUCCAUUAAGCCUAUCGUUGAAUCUGGAUGUGAUACUUCCGUUGCUAAUAGCACUUGCCAGGCCCUUAAUGAGAACGAGACAGGAUUCACUUCAGAUGAGCGGACCAAAGAUGUGAAAUCUGUUUCAUCUCCGUUAGACGAUAUGAAAAGCAAUUUACAUGUGAUGGCUACAGAAGUUUCUCCAAACUCGUUUGAUCAAGGUAGCAAGUAAGUUUAUAGAACGAUUUUGGAGAAAUAAGUGGAUAUACCACUUCUGUUCAAUUGUAUGGGGCUUUACUCUAUAGUAACUAUAUGUCAAGCUCAAGGGCUUCACUACAUAACCACUAUAUGUCAAGCUCGAUUCGCGGGUGCUGGUUUAUGCUCUCUUAGAUGUUCUGCAUCGAAGUUGGCCGAAACUGAAUUAUCUGCUGUUUUUAGUUAAAAGUUGUCAUGAGUGCAUCCGAAGCUGUGGCCGAAUCUUCAACUGUUUCCAAGUAAAGUUUUCAUAGUCUGUAGGUAGUGUUUAAAUGUCUACUGCUAUGUAAAAUGUCUACUGCUAUGUGUCAUGAUAAUGAUGAAAUCUGGGGAAUUAUUAGAACCUCAUGCUAUGGUGAAACAUUUAAGCUUAUGUCAUGUGACAAUCAUUCUGAGUAAGUUUGUAAAUUUCAGGUGUUUAUAUAUCCAAACAGUUCUCGCA